AUGGUGCCGGGUAGUUGGAGCCUCUAUGCCCUCGUCCUUGAGCGAAAGCUAGUCCUUGAGAACUCGCCCUCGGUACACCAGUUGCUGUUGCCAGAGGGUAACGCCCCAGAUCUCGGAAACGAUGGCCUUCAGACGAAAGAUUGUACAUACGCGCUUGACCUAGAUUUUCAUGCAGUUGCCUACCAACGUUUCAAACGAGACCAACAUUUCAAAAAGACCAACGUUUCAAACGAGAUCAACGUUUCACACGAGACCAACGUUUCACACGAGACCAACGUUUCACACGAGACCAACGUUUCAAACGAGACCAACGUUUCAAACGAGACCAACAUUUCAAAAAGACCAACGUUUCAAACGAGACCAACGUUUCAAACCAGACCAACUUUUCAAACCAGACCAACGUUUCAACGAGACCAACGUUUUCAAACGAGACCAACCUUUCAAACAGACCAACGUUUCAAACGAGACCAACGUUUCAAACCAGACCAACGUUUCAAACGAGGACCAACGUUUCAAACCAGACAACGUUCAAACGAGACCAACGUUUCAAACCAGACCAACGUUUCAAACCAGACCAACGUUUCAAACCAGACCAACGUUUCAAACGAGACCAACGUUUCAAACGAGACCAACCUUUCAAACAGACCAACCUUUCAAACGAGACCAACGUUUCAAACGAGACCAACGUUUCAAACGAGACCAACCUUUCAAACGAGACCAACCUUUCAAACAGACCAACCUUUCAAACGAGACCAACCUUUCAAACAGACCAACGUUUCAAACGAGACCAACGUUUCAAACGAGACCAACCUUUCAAACGAGACCAACGUUUCAAACGAGACCAACGUUUCAAACGAGACCAACACCAACCUUUCAAACGAGACCAACCUUUCAAACGAGAUCAACGUUUCAAACGAGACCAACAUUUCAAAAAGACCAACGUUUCAAACGAGAUCAACGUUUCACACGAGACCAACGUUUCAAACAGACCAACCUUUCAAACGAGACCAACAUUUCAAAAAGACCAACGCUUCAAACGAGACCAACGUUUCAAACGAGACCAACCUUUCAAACAGACCAACCUUUCAAACGAGACCAACGUUUCAAACGAGACCAACCUUUCAAACGAGACCAACCUUUCAAACAGACCAACGUUUCAAACAGACCAACGUUUCAAACGAGACCAACGUUUCAAACGAGACCAACUUUUCACACGAGACCAACGUUUCAAACGAGACCAACGUUUCAAACGAGACCAACGUUUCAAACAGACCAACGUUUCAAACGAGACCAACGUUUCAAACAGACCAACGUUUCAAACGAGACCAACGUUUCAAACAGACCAACGUUUCAAUGAAGAAAAACGUUUCAAACGAGACCUACGUUUCAAACAGACCAACGUUUCAAACGAGACCAACGUUUCAAACAGACCAACGUUUCAAACAGACCAACGUUUCACACGAGACCAACGUUUCACACGAGACCAACGUUUCAAACGAGACCAACGUUUCACACGAGACCAACGUUUCAAACGAGACCAACGUUUCACACGAGACCAACGUUUCAAACGAGACCAACGUUUCAAACAGACCAACGUUUCAAACAGACCAACGUUUCAAACAGACCAACGUUUCAAACAGAUCAACGUUUCAAACGAGACCAACAUUUCAAACGAGACCAACAUUUCAAACAGACCAACGUUUCAAACAGAUCAACGUUUCAAACGAGACCAACAUUUCAAACGAGACCAACGUUUCAAACGAGACCAACGUUUCAAACGAGACCAACGUUUCAAACAGACCAACGUUUCAAACGAGACCAACAUUUCAAACGAGACCAACAUUCAAACGAGACCAACGUUUCAAACGAGACCAACGUUUCAAACAGACCAACGUUUCGAAGGACACCCGGCCGCUUGCACACGAAAUCGUAGCAUCUCUCGUGCUUUCUUAA